AUGGAGCGCCUCUCGAUCAGUGAGACCCCCGCGGGUGCUCACCACGGCAAUGCGCCGCAGGGAUUCCCUCAGCAGAACAACACGCUAGGACCUAUGUCGCAAGGCCCCCCGCAAUUACCGCCACAGAUGUUCACCACGGCAGCCCAGUUGUUGGAUUUGACAGAUAAGAAGUUGGUUCUAGUUCUGCGAGACGGGCGGAAAUUGAUCGGAGUCUUGAGGAGUUGGGAUCAGUUCGCAAACCUUGUUCUUCAGGAUACCAUUGAACGUCUCUAUGCCGGAAAUCUCUAUGCCGAUAUCCCGCGCGGAAUAUUCCUCGUUCGCGGCGAGAACGUAUUACUUCUUGGCGAAAUUGACCUCGACAAGGAAGAUGACAUCCCUCCCCACAUUCAGAGAGCGUCGUUCCAGGAAGUGUUUGAGCUGAAGAAGAAGGAGGAUGGUGCGCGGAAAACCGGAGACAAGAAGCGCCAGGGCAAGCUACAGACAUUGGGAUUUGAGCCCGAGCACAGCGGAGAGAUCCUCUUCUAG